AUGUAAAAUAAUAUUAUUGAAUAAAAUAAAAUAGUUGUCAGAGUUAAGGAUCCAACAAUUAAUUAAAAUCAAGAGGAAUUUGUAAUUUAUAAUAUAGAAGGAUAAGAUAAUACAGGGAAUUUUUAGAUUUAACAUCGUUUUAGUGAAUUUUAUUAAUUAAGAUCCUUACUUGCAUUAAAAUGGUAAUACUGUUAUAUACCUGCAUUACCUCCAAAAGUUAUAUAAGUAAAGUAAUUGCAAUUUAAAUAUAGGGAAAUAUGAGUCUAUAAGUAAUUUAUUAAAGAUUAAUAAUGUUAAACCAUUUCAUGAAAUAAUUAUCUCAUUUUUCAUUUUUGUGGUAUUCUCAAGAAGUUUAAACAUUUUUAAGAUAACAAUAUAUAAAGGAAAGUAAUUCUAAUGAAUAGUAAGAGAACUAUGCUAAUUUAUUGAUUUCUAUUUUUCCAGAUUUUGCUGAAAAUAUAAUUGAUUAAGAAAUAGAAACAAAAAUAAACUAAUUUUAUCUUUUUAUUUAAAAUGCUACUCCAAUCCUUCAGAAUUAUAAAAUUUUAAUGAAGAAUCAAAUAAAUGUUAGGUAAGAUUAUUAAAAUAAGUAGUAAAUAUUAUUUUGAAUAAAUAAAUAUUUUUUAAACCUAUUUUAUACCAGAAUAUGAGAAAAUAUUAGAGAUAAAUGUUGAAAACUUUAGAUCUCGUUAAACAAGCAAGAUAUUUUAAAAUGAUCAGAAUAAUUGCAUUUUAAAUGACACUGAUAAGUAAUUCUAUAUCAUGUAUAUUUAGAUUAAAAUUGAAUUAAAUGAAUUUUAAGUAAAAAUAUCAUUAAAUUUAAUAGGUUUUAAUUGAGUUAAUUCAAAAAAGAGAUUAAUUAAAAUUAUAGAUAUAAACUUUAAAUGAAUAACUCAAAAAAUAAGUUAACUAUGUAUCUGAAAUUUAAAAUAAUGGCUUAAAUAUAAUUAAAUAAUUAUUAACUACAAAAGAAAAUGAAAUUGAAAAAUCAUUAUCUAAUUUAAAAUAAGUGAUUUAUUUUAAUACUAUUGUAGCUAGAAAAAGAAUUGACAAUGAAAGUUUCUCUCUUUUCCCUUAUUACAAAUAAAUUAGGUUCAGAUAUUAAGUUUUUGAAAAGGAAUUUUUCAGAAAAUUAUUAUUUUGUAGUCAGAGAAAUGAGUAAAUUUUUUAAAUAAAAUGCGUAAAAAGUAUAUAUACAAUUUAGUAUUAGAAUAUUACAUAUUACUAGAAUCUAUUAUAAUAAAUAGAGAAAUAAGAAUUUUGA